AUGCCCGCUGAAGGUGUCAUUGUCGGCGGCACCUCCGACCAGACUGCUUCGUCAACGGCCUCCUUAUCGACUACGCCACAGCCUCCUGUCACGGGCGCGACCUCCUCCGACGAUGCUGGCAACGAGAAGGAGAAUAUAAAGCAGGAAAGCACAGGGUCAAAAUCAACGUUGGACACGAAAAUACAGGAAUCAAAGGACGAUGCAGAGGAGCUGGAUGACUUUGGCCUUCCCAUUCGACCGCGUUCAAGGCCUCAACGGCCCCCAACCGAUCUCCCUGAAACCGAUCGCCAAUCCGAACCCGAAGAUGAAGCUGCCAAUGCGACGGAAGAACCAAAAGUGGAGGAGAAGAUAGCUGAUGUGGAGGCGGAUGCUUCCAAGGGCAAAGCAGCAGAGGGGGAGGCUAAGACUGCUGAGCAAGGAUUAGACAAACAAUCUGCACCGGACGACAAGAAGACCGAGUCCCAAGACCAUAAUGCUGCCUCGCAUGAGGAACCACACAAUGAGACUGCCGACCCUCCACCUCCGUAUCGCAAGUCGAUCUCGAAAACAAAUGACACUCAAAUCUCGGAAUGGUCCCAUCAAAGGAUGACCCAACCUCAAAAUGAAGUCGAGGAAAGCGAGGAAGAGGAAGACGGGUGGAAGGCAAUGCCUGCACUUGGAGAAAUGGACUACUAUGAUGACUAUGGAAGGCUCAUCGCUCGUGGCGCUCAGGAAGAGGAUGACGAAGCAGUAUACAGUGGAUUGGGUGGUGCUGGAAAAGGAUAUACUCGAGUUCAGCUUGAUGAAGAUGCCCAAUCCGCCACCAGCAUGGACGAGGACACGAGCUACCUUUUCCGCGAGGCAGCCGGCAACUCCGCAGGCUUUGUCGGCGAAGAACUUCGCGACACUGUCAGCCAGCUUCAGGCUACGAAGGACCUUCUAAACGAGACACAAAAAAUCGCAUAUGUGGGUGUGGUCCGCCUGACAAUUCACGAGAUGAAUAUGGAUAUCGAUAAAGUACCCAAGACCAAAUCAUCUCGCAAGGUGAUACUCAAAGCACAAGAUGCCCAGAGAAAGUGGGGUCAAACAAUGAUGGGACGGUUAUAUAUGCACAUGGAUAUCAGCCCUGCCGAGCAACUCAUGAUUGAGCAGCUUGCUGAGCAUGGCGUCCAGCCUGGAGAUCUGGUCCGUCCGCUCAUGCAGAAUGCGUGUGUCAAAAACCCCAUGGCAGAGAGUGACCCCAAAACCUCAACCUCUUCCAUCUCAUCUCCAACUCUAGGAAAUGGCCCCGGCUCCCGGAUAUCUACAGAGACCGAGACUUCUGAGCCGGGCUCUCCACCGCCCUAUGAUGCUCACGCGGAUGAUGAAGAUGUCCCAGAAGUCCACACCCCUUCUCAAUUACCCACAUCUGCAAAGAUCGAUAUCGACCUUCGAUGGACAGUACUAUGUGACCUCUUCCUCUUGUUAAUUGCCGACUCGGCCUAUGAUUCCCGAUCUCGGACCUUGCUCGAAAGAGUGGGAGCAGCCAUGGAUAUCACCUGGCUGCAAAUAUCCCGAUUCGAGAAGCGCGUAACGGACGCUCUUGAAAUGCAAGAAGAAGCCGAGAAAGAGACAUGGGAUGAAUCAGAGCAUAUGGAAAAGCGCCGCAAGGCCAACCUAAAACAGAAGUAUAUGAUCAUGGGCCUUGCAACUGUCGGUGGUGGUCUUGUCAUCGGUCUCUCGGCAGGGCUUUUAGCUCCAGUUAUUGGAGCCGGUCUUGCUGCUGGUUUCACUACCAUUGGCCUUUCCGGUACAAGUGCAUUCCUGGGUGGAGUGGGUGGUACUGCGCUCAUUGCCUCGGGCGCUUCUCUCACCGGAAGUGCCAUCGGUAUGAAGGCCUCUCACCGGCGGAUGGGCGCUGUCCAAACAUUCGAAUACCGACCUCUUCACAACAAUAAAAAGUUGAAUCUGAUCGUGACUGUAUCCGGCUGGAUGACCGGCAAAGUCGACGACGUCCGAUUGCCUUACAGUACCGUCGACCCGAUCAUGGGUGAUAUAUACUCGGUUCUCUGGGAGCCUGAAAUGUUGCGCAGCAUGGGUGACACGAUCAAUAUUCUUGCGACAGAGGCGCUCACGCAAGGCUUGCAGCAAGUACUAGGCAGUACCAUAUUGAUGGCCCUCAUGGCCUCGCUGCAACUCCCUCUCGUUCUUACCAAGCUUGCCUAUCUAAUUGACAAUCCUUGGAACGUGUCACUUGCUCGUGCCAAUGCAGCGGGUCUGGUCUUGGCCGAUUCCUUGCAGGAUCGCAAUCUUGGCAACCGCCCUGUUACGUUGCUCGGUUUCUCCCUGGGUGCACGUGUCAUUUUCUCAUGCUUGAAGGAGCUAGCUGCCAAGGGCGCUUACGGGCUUGUUCAGAAUGUGUACCUCUUUGGCUCACCAGUUGUGGCCAGCAAGGACGAAUACCUGAAGGCUCGUAGCGUGGUCUCUGGCCGCUUUGUCAAUGGCUACUCCACGAAUGACUGGAUUCUGGGGUACCUCUUCCGAGCAACGAGCGGUGGUAUCAUGCGUGUAUCUGGGCUUGCUCCCAUCGAAGGGAUUCCAGGGUUGGAGAACGUCGACCUCACUGAAACGGUCAACGGUCACAUGGACUACCGUGCCGCCAUGCCGCGUAUUCUCAAGCAGGUUGGAUGGGAGGUUCUGGAAGACGAAUUCGCCGAAAUUGAAGACCCCGAUCCGGACAAUCAUGCCGAGAGACAAAGGGAGCUUAUUCGCGAGAUUGACGAGGCUCGUCGAAAUGCUGAGCUGAAGCCGGAGAAGAAACGCUUUGGCCUGUUCAAGCGUGGAAAGAUGGCUGAGAAGAAGACGUGGGAGACGUACGACGUUGAUCGCAACUCUUCACCGCACAACGCUGCCGAACCGAAUAGUGCGCCUGGCUCCAUCCUCUUCGACAUCGAAGCCAUUCGAGCUGAACUGGCCUCCGAAGCUAUCGAGGUCAAACAGCUAGAAUCUACACUGCCUCCUAUGAAGCUCGAGCUGAACCGCCCAUCGGCUACGCAACCUGUGACACCGGUUGAAACAGAUCUAACGCCCAAGGAACCUGAGCCAUGUCUUCCUCGUCCAGCGUCUGAGCCGCAGCUCUCCACAGAAGUUCAUCCCUCUCGCGCCACACCCGAUCCUACCCCCUCACACAAAGAAGAGCCAAUUGAAAUGACCUUUGAUACGUCAUUCCAUGAGUCUUCUCAACACCACUUUGAUACGCCUUCGCGACCCGAGUUGCGGUCCUCAUCUACCAUGCCCACUAGUAUUGGCGCCACUGCAGUUGGGGCCAUAGCCAUGGAACCCAAUGCCUGGGCCGAUCAUGGUCACGGCCACGGGGAGGACGAGAUUCAGAUGACAUUUGAAUAA